AUGGAAGGUAAUAAAGAGAAAGAGAAAGAGAUAAUUAAGUACAGAGGCGUCCGGAGGCGGCCAUGGGGGAAAUACGCGGCGGAGAUACGCGAUCUGUCUCGGCCAGGCAGCCGUUUAUGGUUGGGGACCUUUCAAACCGCCGAAGAGGCUGCCAAAGCCUACGAUAAGGCGGCUUUUAACAUGAGGGGUCAUCUCGCUAUUCUCAAUUUCCCCAACCACCAUAAUUACUCACGCGAUCAUCAUCAUCAUCAUCCUCAUCUCCACCACCAGCAGCUAGUUUAUAACUCCUUCAUAGCCAAUUCUAAUUCUUCAUCGUCUUCUCCUUCAACUAGUCAGGUUCUUGAGCUUGAGUAUUUGGAUGAUACAGUCUUGGAGGAACUUCUUGAAUCGGAGGAAGACAAGAGGAGAAGAUUGAAUAAUUGA